UCGAGCCUCUAGUGGAGGGAGGCCUGGGGACGGUGCACGCCAACACCCUAUCGGCGCCGGGACCGCGCAGGGCCCGCGCGGGGCGGCUCUAGGCAGAGGCCCGCCCCCGAGUGUCCCCUGGAGCCCGGCGCUCCGGCCCCUCCCCGGCCGGCCGAGCUGUGAGCCGGCGACCAUGCUGGGCAUCCCGCAGGCCCCGCUGCUGCGGCUGCAGCUAGCCCUGCUGGUGGCCGCGGGGGCCGGGGCGCGAGUGAGCGCACCGCGGAGCCUGGUGUGGGGCCCGGGGCUGCAGGCCGCCGUCGUCCUGCCCGUGCGCUACUUCCUGCAGGCGGUGGACUCGGACGGCCGGAACCUCACUAGCUCGCCGCCAGGUCAAACACAAUUCAAAGUUUUUGUAAAAUCCCUUUCACCGAAAGAGUCAGCCCGAAUUUAUGUCCCUAAACCUUUGGACAGAAAUGAUGGAACGUUUUUGGUGAGAUACAGGAUGCACGAGACUGUCCACGAAGGCCUCAAGGUGGAGGUUCUUUAUGGUGGUGAACACGUAGCUCAGUCUCCCUAUAUUUUGAAAGGACCCGUGUAUCACGAGUACUGUGACUGCCCAGAAGAGGAUCCUCAGGCCUGGCAGGAAACCCUGUCUUGUCCAGACACGGAACCACAGAUUGAGCAAGAUUUUACUGCUUUCCCCAGUAUCAAUCUCCAGCAGAUGCUGAAGGAAAUCCCCAAAAGAUUUGGGGACGAGCGGGGUGCUGUUGUUCAUUACACAAUUGUCAAUAACCACAUCCACCGGAGAUCCUUGGGGAAGUACACAGACUUCAAAAUGUUCUCUGAUGAAAUUUUGCUGUCUCUGGCAAGAAAGGUCACCCUCCCAGAUCUAGAAUUUUAUAUUAACCUUGGAGAUUGGCCCUUGGAGCAUCGGAAAGUCAAUGACACUCCUGGCCCUAUACCUAUCAUUUCCUGGUGUGGCUCCUUGGAUUCAAGAGACAUUAUCCUUCCAACAUACGAUGUCACCCAUUCCAUACUUGAAGCAAUGAGGGGUGUCACAAAUGAUCUCCUCUCUGUUCAGGGAAACACAGGGCCUUCCUGGAUCAAUAAAACAGAGAAAGCUUUCUUCCGAGGUAGAGAUAGCCGGGAGGAGAGGCUGCAGUUGGUACAGCUGUCCAAAGAAAAUCCACAGCUGCUAGAUGCAGGAAUUACAGGAUAUUUCUUUUUCCAAGAGAAAGAAAAAGAGCUUGGAAAAGCCAAGUUGAUGGGUUUCUUUGAUUUCUUUAAGUACAAGUACCAGGUGAAUGUGGACGGCACGGUGGCUGCUUACAGGUUUCCCUACCUCAUGCUGGGGGACAGCCUGGUUCUGAAGCAGGAGUCGCCGUAUUAUGAGCAUUUUUAUGUGGCGCUAAGGCCCUGGAAACACUACAUUCCCGUGAGAAGAAACCUCAGUGAUCUGCUAGAGAAAGUGAGGUGGGCCAAGGAAAACGAUGACGAAGCAAAGAAGAUUGCGAAAGAAGGGCAGUUAACUGCUAGGGACCUGCUCCAGCCGCCCCGACUUUUCUGUUACUAUUACCGAGUGCUGCAGAAAUAUGCUGAGCGCCAGACCAGCAAGCCCACGAUACGUGACGGGAUGGAGCUUGUUCCCCAGCCGGAGGAUGCCACUUCCUUUUGCCGGUGCCACAGGAAGACGCCUGGGAGGGAAGAGCUUUAAGGAGGCCCCGGCUUCACACUCUUUGUGUGCUGGCUGCAUCCUUAAGACUUGUGAAAGAUGCCAAGCCGUGAGGAAAGAGCGGAGCCAGGCCUGGUGGGUCAGGCUCACACUUCUAAUCCCAGCACUCCGGAGGCGGAAGCAAGAGGAUUUCUUACUGCAAAGCCUGCCUGCGAUAUAUGGUGAUUUCCUGGCCGGCCCAGACUUCCCAGUUGAAUCUUAUCAAAAAGCCAAAACAACCGGGAAGUGGUGGUGCACACCUUUAGUCCCAGCACUUGGAAAACAGAGGCAGGCAGAUCUCCGUGAGUUCAAGGCCAACCUGGUCUACAGAGUGAGUUCCAGAAUAGCCAGAAUUACACAGAGAAACCCUGUCUCAAAAACAAAACAAAACAAACAAACAAAAAGCCAAAGCAAAAAGAAACACAGAGAGACGCUAAGCAUGUAGUCCCACACCGUGAGGCUGAGGCAGGAAGAUCAUGAGUUCCAGUAUUACCAAAUGCCUCUGGAUCUUCAUUUUAUUUGGGGUGAAACUGCUCAUUUGAGCAUCACAAUAGAUAAAAGAACUUAUAAAUCACCUGGGAAUCUGUGGAUGUCACAUUUACUGGUUUGUUUCUAUCUUUUCUUCACUUAUUUUACAGUUAUGAAGGGAAAAGCAUUGGAGGAAGGUUUUAUUUUCUCCGCCCUGUGUAGUUUCUCCUUUUGCAAGCUGUUCUGAUGCUCUGUGAUUCCGGCCUCCUGUUGGAAGAGCUGAUGAAGCUAACUGAGGAACAAGCUAAGUAAGGAACAAGUCUCCUUGCUGUUAAGGGUAGCAUAGAGACGGUGGAGGAACACGCUGCGUCGUUUAAAUCUUUUCAACUAAGUUUUUGCCAGGGCCUAGGACAGAAUUAAGGGGAAAUGGUACCUUACACUGGUGAAUCAGUCUGUUUGGGUUGCACACCUGUUAAAGACAGCAUAGCUGUUAAUGUAGACGGUGGCAUUCUGUGGGUAUCUUGAUCAUUUAUGUACUAGGAAUAUAAGAAAUAACAGCUGUCAACGUGAGAUCUUUAAUUCCCUUUGUCCUUCCAAAAGAGUCCUCGAUAGCUGCUACACCAGCCUCAGGGGGCCUCAGCAUCCUGGGAUUCACUAAUAUGCCCAGGACAGAGGCAGGUACUGGUUCCUGGAUCUACAGAUGGACGGAAAGAGCCUCCUCUUUCAAUGGGUUGAACCGUUAAGAUAAAAACUUUGGCACUUGCCUCUGCCUUUUAGGACAGGGUCGAGAGCUAGGUCUCAUACCCUUAAAUUCCUGUCUAACUCCUCAGAGCACCAUCAAUCCAAGACACAGUUCAUGACAGAGUGCGCUCCAAAACCAGAGCUCCCCGAACCGGGGAACUCAUGUGGUCAUGUCUGUUCUCCCGAGGGCCGAAAGGAACACUGGAAUUUGUGUUUUUAAGUAGACCAUAGAAAUGAUCAGCAAGCCUAUCGCCGAUUUAAAGCCGACCUGUGUAGUAUGAACUAAAGGACAAGCUGGCCUGAGGCCACACCUGGUCCAUCUGAGUUUGCCUUCCGUUGUUUAUAUAGAGUAGAGCCUUAUGGGAAUGGGUUUUGGAAAGAAAGGCUGCCUUCCUCUUUGCUACCUCUGUAACCCCAGGUCCAGGAAGCAAAUGGCAGUUUGUCGUAGGUUAACCUUUUAGGUUGAUGUCGUAUGAUGAACAAUCCUAACAGUUAAAAGGAGUUGAGACAAACUGGGCAGUUUCUAUGGACUCCUCGGGGCCCCUGCGGUCCUCACUUUGGAGCAUUGAGUCUCUGACGUGAACCUGCAGGGGACAUUUCACAUCUAAACUGUAGCGCUAAAGUCUAUCACGAAAUUUAGGUAAUCCCCCAUCUCCCCAGCUUGACCACAGCCUUUGAAAUGAAUUUUAAAUGGCUUUUUUGUUUACUAGAUUGAAUAGAUCUUAGUGAAAGAAACUGGCUUAUUAAGCCCUGAUUCUUUCCUUCCCAGCUCAUCUGUUACCCAUAUGUCCAGAGCCACUUUCAAUCCUGAAAUUCUUAUUAAAAUAUAGUUCCGUGGGGCUGGAAAGAUGGCUCAGCAGUUAAGAGCACUGACUUUCUUCCAGAAGACCCAGGUUCAAUUCCCAGCACCCACAGGGUGACUCAUGACUGAUUGUAACUCCAGUUCCAAGGGAUCUGAUACCUUCAUGCCAAUGCACAUAAAAUAAAUAAGUUAAAUGAAUUUUUAAAAAGAUAUAGUUGUGUUCGUUUGAAUAAACUGUCACCAAUGCUUGUGGCUUCCAACACUCCACGUGGCCGUCACCCAUCAAUAGUGAAUGCAUUGCCUAGAGAGAUCCUAAUGCAUUGAGAACUGCGUAUACCAUCGGUGAGAACAAAGCAGUUUUAACUGCGCUGCAUGGAGAGUUCCCACGACGAGUUCCGGAAAGACCAAAGGUACAGGACAUAGUAUGUGAAAACAUUUUGCCAAAGACGAAAAGAAAAUGGUUGAGUUUGAAGGACAAACUGCCAGUGUUGAGGAAAGUUGUGGAGAGAAGGGAUUUUUUUUUUUUGCUUUAUACCUUUUUAUAAUAUUUAAAUUGCUUUUUAACCAUGGAUAUAAAUCAAGUUGUAAAACAAAAAUGUCAACAUGGUAAAAGAAUAAGUCCACAGAGGAUAUAAGAAAGAAAAGAAAAUGUUAUUAAUGUUUUCCACGAUGCCAUAUUAAAAACCUAUGUCUAGAA